GCGGAACACGGCUCCGGGAGCAGGGGACCCGGGAGCGACGAACGGGUUGAAGGGAUCUGGAGUUGAUUUUAGAGAUGGGAGAAUUGAGUCUCGGAGUGACUGCCUCCUAGUGCCUCAGUUUCCUUAGCUGCGAAAUGAGUUAACAGUGAUGUCCCAGGGCUGCCAUGAGUUUGAAAGAUGAUGAAGUGUGGAGAGGUGGUUUAUGAAGUACAAAGCGCUGUACUAAUGUGAGGGACUGCGCCAUAAUUGUGGGUAUGCCAUGGAAACAGGUAAAUUUUUCCAUAACCUUAUGGAGAGAAAGGACUUUGAGACAUGGCUUGAUAACAUUUCUGUUACAUUUCUUUCUCUGACGGACUUGCAGAAAAAUGAAACUCUGGAUCACCUGAUUAGUCUGAGUGGGGCAGUCCAGCUCAGGCAUCUCUCCAAUAACCUGGAGACUCUCCUCAAGCGGGACUUCCUCAAACUCCUUCCCCUGGAGCUCAGUUUUUAUUUGUUAAAAUGGCUCGAUCCUCAGACUUUACUCACAUGCUGCCUCGUCUCUAAACAGUGGAAUAAGGUGAUAAGUGCCUGUACAGAGGUGUGGCAGACUGCCUGUAAAAAUUUGGGCUGGCAGAUAGAUGAUUCUGUUCAGGACGCUUUGCACUGGAAGAAGGUUUAUUUGAAGGCUAUUUUGAGAAUGAAGCAACUGGAGGACCAUGAAGCCUUUGAGACCUCAUCAUUAAUUGGACACAGUGCCAGAGUGUAUGCACUUUACUACAAAGAUGGACUCCUCUGUACAGGGUCAGAUGACUUGUCUGCAAAACUAUGGGAUGUGAGCACAGGGCAGUGUGUUUAUGGCAUCCAGACCCACACUUGUGCAGCGGUGAAGUUUGAUGAGCAGAAGCUUGUGACAGGCUCCUUUGACAACACUGUGGCCUGCUGGGAAUGGAGUUCCGGAGCCAGGACCCAGCACUUCCGGGGGCACACGGGGGCGGUGUUUAGCGUCGACUACAAUGAUGAACUGGACAUCUUGGUGAGUGGCUCUGCAGACUUCACUGUGAAAGUAUGGGCUUUAUCUGCUGGGACGUGCCUGAACACACUCACCGGGCACACAGAAUGGGUCACCAAGGUGGUCUUGCAAAAGUGCAAAGUCAAGUCUCUCUUGCACAGCCCUGGAGACUACAUCCUCUUAAGUGCAGACAAAUAUGAGAUCAAGAUUUGGCCAAUUGGGAGAGAAAUUAACUGUAAGUGCUUAAAGACGUUGUCUGUCUCUGAGGAUAGAAGUAUCUGCCUGCAGCCAAGACUUCAUUUUGAUGGCAAAUACAUUGUCUGUAGUUCAGCACUGGGUCUCUACCAGUGGGACUUUGCCAGUUAUGAUAUUCUCAGGGUCAUCAAGACUCCUGAGAUAGCAAACUUGGCCUUGCUUGGCUUUGGAGAUAUCUUUGCCCUGCUGUUUGAUAACCGCUACCUGUAUAUCAUGGACUUGCGGACAGAGAGCCUGAUUAGCCGCUGGCCUCUCCCAGAGUAUAGGAAAUCCAAGAGAGGCUCCAGCUUCCUGGCAGGCGAAGUGUCCUGGCUGAAUGGACUGGAUGGGCACAAUGACACGGGCUUGGUCUUUGCCACCAGCAUGCCUGACCACAGUAUUCACCUGGUGUUGUGGAAGGAGCACGGCUGAUGCCGCGAGCUGCGCCGCUGACUGACUUCGGGCGCCAGGGCUGCGGGUUUUGAGUGCAACCUCUGUGGCAGCCGACUGCAUGAACCAAAGUUCUCACCUAAUGGUAUCAUCACGCAGUGCACAAUCAUUUAUCUCUGUUUGCCAGGGGACCAGGGCUCGGGGUGGGGGAGGGCUCGUUUUGUUGACCUACACCGCAGCAUGCUGAUGGGGUGCACCAUUGACUUCAUUCGUACUUAGUUAUGUUGGUCAGUAUAAGAGGCUGCAUUUGGGGUUCAUCUUUCUUGAAUAUUGGUUUUAAGUAACGAUAUUUAAAUGGCUCAUUAAUCUGCUAAUUGGUUGCCUAUGAAAACACAUUCAGUCUAUCAUUAAAGCUUUUUACCAUUGCCUUUUUCUCUUUUGAAGUUGAAGCAAAGGUGCUAUGAUGUUGUUACAGCAACUUUUCUCACAUGGGGCUUAGCUUUUACAACAACCCGUGUUAUAAAGACCACCAGGUUCUGUGACAUUCAUACUCUCCACCAAAUACCAGUUCUAAAGAAAAGUUGUCUUCCAGUGCAAAUCCAGUUGUAUAAAUUGAUGGUUUGUAACACAUUCUAAACCCUAGUUCUUGACAGAGUGAAGGUGGGCCAUGUCUGAGAUGUGAGGAAGUUAAUGUAGUUUUUGUUUCUAGGUGGAGCAAGCUGGUCCUUGGUCCCCCACAGCCUAGGUGACUGCACAGAGGUGACAUGGUACAGUAGAAAGAGCCCUGAGCUGGCAGGUUGAAGACUGGCUCUGUUACCUAGGAAACCUGCACCCCAGGCAUAUACUUCUCUGGUCCCCAUUUUCCCUGUCUGUAUAGCUAGUUGUUAGGCUGUCACUUGGCUUCUAAGAUUCCUUCUGGUCCUGUGUCUGCUGAGGUGUGCAAAAGUUGAUAUUUCAGUUUUGUCUGAUGGCUGAUUCAUUGCUUCUUUAGGUUUGGAGAUAAUAUAUAAAUGAAAUCACUGAUAGAAAGUUGUCAUCUAUAAGGAAAUCCAAACGUACAAAAAAGAAUGGAUAAGAGGGAAUGUAGAAAAUGUUACAUGUUCCACUUUAAAAAUGUAAGUGAUUGGUAGAAGAAAUGCUGAGAGCAGCUGUGGUCCUCUAGAGAGGCAGUGUGCCAUAUUAGAAAGAAAGAUCCCUGACCCUGACUUUCGUCCUCCUGUGCCUCUAACUUGGUGUGUAGCCUCAGGCAGGUUAACUUUCUGUUGGAAAUGAAGGAAUUGCCCUAGAUUAAGGUUCGAAAAGUCACACGCCCAGGGGAGCCACGCAGAUAAACAUAAGCGAGUGCAGCAUGCUGCGUAGGAUGGGGCUGCACCAGGGGAAGCUCAUCUGGCAGGGCAGUUAUGGAGCCCUAAGUGUUAGGCAGAAACAAGUCCAGUGUUUGGCAGGUCUUCUGAUUUUUCAGGAGGUAGAACUCCAGAAUUGUAUUUGUAAUUCCCUAAUUUUAAAAAUGUUGACAACGACUCGAAGAUCAUUCAAAAUGUAGUGGGCUAAACAAAGCAUGUCUGCGGGCUGCCAGUUUGUAUUCUCCACCCUCUCAUUCCUGUAAAUUAGAUAAUGCUGUGAUUCAGCAGUGGAACUGUUUUAACGUAACUGUCAC